GAAGAAGGAGGGUAUUCACGGCGGCAGACAAGCAAAAUGUCUUCCGGUUCUAUUGCAGAUAGUAUUACGAGAGAAGAUCCAUCUACCAACUCACAGACUGCAUCUCACAGAACUAAGUGACAAGAGGAGGGCAGUACGAUUCUCUAAUUCCGAUAACAUGCCAAGCAGCAGAACAGUUGGAAAGUUUGAGCAGCUCUGGUCUCACACAAGAAACCAGGAGGAUAUAGAGAUUCUUAAACUGGCUUUUGUCCAGGGCUACGUUGCCAUAUAUGCCUCUUUGAUGGUCUCUUCCCACCAUCUUUCUGUUCAAAAACUCUCAAUUGACCCUGACUUCCAAGGACCCUACUUUAUAGUUUUUACAUGAAUCCUUUUGAACUUUCCCAUGUACAACAUAUAUACAACCAAGAAUUCGAACAACAGUUGAAAUGAGACCCCUCAAUUGUCCUGAGACAUACAAUACUCAACUUUAAGAUUGUAUUAGUGUUAAUAGGUUUUUAAAGCAUUCUGCAUUCAGACUUUGGUUAUUAUGUAGGAGCUUUCAACCUUCAAUUGUUUGGCUGAGCUGUUUUACUUGUGAGCUAUCACCUUACAGGCCUCGUUUUUUGCACAAAAUCUGUGCUCCAGUAAUAUGGUUCAGAGUCAUUCUGGUAACUUUUUUCCCUUUGCCAUGCAACUGUUAUUAACUUACAGUGCACUGUUGUGCAAGUAGUUAACACUUAACACCAUUGAAUAUACAAUCAAGACUUGUAUAUAACAAGUGCAUGGAUUUGCAAAUUACCUUAGAUGUCAAAGCUCAAGAAAGACAUGACAUCCCAAGCCUCCAUAUGUUCCAGGAGUCUCAGUUGACGUAAAUUAUCAUGCAGACUACUAUGAGUUACAUCCCUAUAUAUAAGAUGAUUAACAACAAAGAUAGAUCUUAACAUAACAAUGCUUAUCCUAAAGAUGCUAAGAAUUAAUGAUAAAUUUAAGCACUUAACAGUCACUGGAAAAUUAUCAUAAAAAUCAUCCUAAUAAUAACCAUAAAAAGAUCAGUAGAUAUCGUGACAAUAAAUAGGAUAUUGUUACGAUAAUAAUCUUGACAUAGCUACAUUAAAGCUAAAUAAAAUCAUGAUGAACCUACUAUUUACCAUAAUCUUGCAGUCAUCAUCAAUUUGCUUUACUUAAUGGUUCUUUAGAUAUGACAAGGCCUGGCAAAUAGUCUUUCAGUGGUCUUGUAUCUGUUCUAUAUGUGCAGGACAAAGUUACUGAAAACUGUCUUUUCGUUAAUGACAGGAAAAGGUUCUUAUGGGUCUGUUUACAAAGCUCGCGAUUUGAAAACUUCGGAAAUGGUUGCAAUCAAAGUGAUAUCAUUAUCUGAAGGGGAGGAAGGGUAUGAAGAAAUUCGUGGUGAAAUAGAGAUGUUGCAGCAAUGCAGUCAUCCUAAUGUUGUUCGAUACCUAGGAAGUUACCAGGGUGAGGAAUACCUCUGGAUUGUAAUGGAGUAUUGUGGUGGAGGAAGUGUUGCUGAUUUGAUGAAUGUUACUGAUGAGCCUUUAGAGGAGUACCAAAUUGCAUAUAUAUGUAAGGAAGCAUUAAAGGGUUUGUCCUAUUUGCAUUCAAUCUUCAAAGUGCAUCGUGAUAUUAAGGGCGGUAAUAUCUUGUUGACUGAACAAGGAGAGGUCAAGUUGGGUGAUUUUGGUGUUGCUGCACAGCUGACAAGGACAAUGUCCAAACGUAACACGUUUAUUGGUACUCCCCACUGGAUGGCUCCUGAGGUUAUCCAGGAGAGUCGAUAUGAUGGGAAGGUAGAUGUGUGGGCCCUUGGGGUGUCUGCAAUUGAAAUGGCUGAGGGGUUUCCUCCAAGAUCAAAUGUGCAUCCAAUGAGGGUGUUAUUUAUGAUAUCCAUCGAACCCGCUCCAAUGCUUGAAGAUAAGGAGAAAUGGUCUCUUGUGUUCCAUGAUUUCAUUGCAAAAUGCCUUACGAAAGACCCUCGCAUUCGUCCCACUGCAUCUGAGCUGCUAAAGCAUAAAUUUAUAGAAAAAUGCAAAAGUGGAGCUUCUGCAAUGUUACCCAAGCUUGAGAGGGCAAAGCAAAAUAGGGCUUCUAUGGCAUUGGAAGCAGAAAAUGUUGCUGCAGAGACCGUACCUGGAUAUGGGACACUGGGAGCAAAAAUGAAUGAAGACUUCGGAGAUACUGUUCCGUCGAAGCCUCAUCAAGUGCCUAAUGGAGUACCUGUUGUAGGUGGUUCAGUACAAGCUGAUGGUUUGGAAGACGCUGGAGAAGGUGAUUUUGGAAGUGUCAUAAUUCAUGGUGGAGUGGCUAUAGAUAAGACAGCUGCUAAAACACCUGUUCCAACAGCAAACAAGCCCUCAUCUUCUUCAGCACGUGGCCAAAUGUCGUCAACUGCUGAUUCUGGAGAAGAUUCAGUUAUUCCAUGGGUGACCAAGAAAGAUGGUGCAUCCACAGAUACAUUUCGUAUUGUUGAAUCACCGGCUACUGAACACACAGCUCAAGCCAUUGGAAGCAGCCGUGCUGUCAUCAGUGGCACAACUAAGAAAGACACUGUUAAUCGCAAAGCACUGGACAAGUUGUGGUCUAUAUAUGCCGCUGGAAACACAGUGCCAAUUCCUUUUUUGAGGGCAACUGAUAUAUCUCCGAUUGCAUUGUUGUCUGAGAAUGUGCUUGGAAGUCAGCAUGUGGAUAAUGUUGGAAGUGUAGCUGUAGAAGCAUUGCAAGAGCUUUUCACGAGCGAUGGACAGUCUAAGAAGGGUCGAAGGCAAAACGAGCUGCCUCUUCCUCCAAGUGUAUACCAGAGACUCACAUCAAGUCCAACAUUGAUGAAUCUCGCACAGGCGUUAUCUUAUCAUAAAAUGUGCUAUGAAGAGAUGCCACUGCAGGAACUACAAGCAGCUCAAGAACAACAAACCAUUCAGAACCUUUGUGAUACCCUUCGAACUAUUUUACGGCUAUAGCAGGUAUCUGUAAUUUAUUUAUCAUGUUUUAUUUUUAUGUUUGUAAUAUUGUUGUGUGAAAUUUCUAAUCUAAUUAAUAUGCCCCAAUAGAAGUGAGAAACCUAGGAAGGAGACUUGCAACUGCUUUAGCUUUCCGUUCAUCUGUGUUGUAAAAUGUACUAGUUUCUUUAGUGUCGAUACACAUUGUGUUCAGCAGAUAUGGUGGUUUCCGUUACUCGGAUCUGCAUUUAUUUGCUUACCAUUCAUGAUAAUGAUUUCAGUUUAAGUUC